UCCCCGGUGUUUUACUCGUGCGUUUGAGAGCGCUAUGCAACAUUGGCAAAUGCGUUCACAGUGGCUGUAAAACAGCGUCUGACUUGAGUAAAGAAAUGCGGUGGUAUGGGACCAAACCUCCAAGCUUUCAGAUGAAUGCGACAUCUUAUUUCCAGAGUAAACGAGUCGAUAGCAGACGCCACCUCCUGAAGGAGUUUCCAGAUCCUAAAAGCCUCCUGCACAACACCAUCUCACGGUCACUGGGAGUCAGCGACCUCUCUCAGCUCAUCCAGUACAGUUGCAUGGAACAUGCUGGUGUUAAGAAGGCCACUGUCACGCUGCAGUGGCCCUGCAAGAUAGAAGAGGAGGGUUACGGCUCAAAGAAGAGCGAGGCAGAGCAAUUUGCAGCAGCUGCCGCUUGUCAGAAGCUCAGAGAAAUGGGUGUGAUAGGGCCAAACAACCAGCUCCCCAGGGGGAGAGCUGGCCGAGGGAGAGGAGGGCUGCAUACACCUCUUCAUGAUAAUGAGGAUAAUUCCUGGACAGGUGAUAUCUACAGAGGCAGAGCAAAUGACCGGGCACCUGCUAAAGAGGAUGACUCCAAUGUGUCAGAAGCUCUUUCCUUGUUUCCACAACCUAAAUCUCUGUUGAAUAGGGUUAUCCAGGUGGCCACAUCAUCCAAUAUCUGGGAGCUACUGCAGUUCAGAACAACAGGAGGGAAGCUAAAGACGUGUGAACUGACUCUGCUCUGGCCCGAGGAGAUGACAUUCACAGCCAAAGCAGGCAGCCGGGCGGCAGCAGAGGCGAGAGCUGCUGCACUUGCCUGCAUGAAGCUAAAGGAAUUGGAGCUGCUGGAUAAGGACAACAACCCACUGACACAUGCCAAGUAUCAUCGAGAAAAGGUGAGGGAGGCUGGAGAGAGGGAGAGGCGCCCACUUCCAUUGGAGAUUCCAAAAUAUCUGGAGCAAAGCGUGAGAGAGUACCUCACCCAGUACCCAGUGACAACAGAGGUACAGAAACUAUGGGAAGACGAAGAGGCAAAAGAACAGCAGACAAUAAACCGGAAUAAUGAGGAAGAGGAGGAUUUUAUAACAGAUGCCAUCACAGGCAGGCCGUACAGGCCUCUUUCUGAAUCGGAGGCUCAGCAGCUCAGCAUCCACCUGCAGGAGAGAUGGAACAGAGCGAACCCCGAACUGAGCCUCGAGCUCCCGGUCGACGCCCACCGUCAGCGUGUGAUCUCAGCUGUGCAGGCCUCCAGGGUAGUUGUGAUUGCUGGAGAAACAGGAUGUGGCAAGACAACUCGGGUCCCUCGUUUUCUGCUGGAGGAUCGCGUGAGAGGGGGCAGCGGGGCUGAGUGCAACAUCUUGGUAACCCAGCCUCGCCGGAUCAGUGCUGUGUCGGUGGCCCACCGUGUUGCUCAGGAGAUGGGUCCAGCUCUGAAACAGUCUGUAGGAUAUCAGGUGAGACUCGAGAGCCGACUCCCAGAGCACAGUGGAGGAGCGUUGCUCUUCCUCACAGUGGGCGUCCUGCUGAGGAAGCUGCAGUCAAACCCAACCCUGAAGGGAAUCAGCCACGUGGUGGUUGACGAGGUCCACGAGAGAGACAUAAACACAGACCUGCUGCUGGCUCUGCUGCGCACAAGCCUGAAUGAGAACCCUGACCUGAGGGUCGUUCUCAUGAGUGCCACUGGGGACAACCAGAGGCUGGCUCAGUACUUUGGCGGCUGCCCGAUCGUAAAGGUGCCAGGGUUCAUGCACCCAGUACGAGACAAGUACCUGGAAGAUGUACUGAAAGAGAUGGGGCGUCGUUCUCAGGUCCCAGAAAGGGCAAAGACGGACAAAGAGAACGAUGCCACACCGGAUCUCGAUUUAGUCGCUGAUGUCAUCGAACACAUUGACAGAUGUGGAGAACCAGGUGCAGUGCUGUGUUUCCUCCCGGGAUGGCAGGACAUAAAGGCUGUUCAAGAGAAGCUCGAGGAAAAACCGCGCUUCUCCUCUGGCUCCCAGAUGAUCCUGCCCUUGCACUCAAGUUUAUCAGUGGCUGACCAGCAGGCUGUGUUCCAGCGCCCCCAAGUGGGACAAAGAAAGAUAGUCCUGGCCACAAACAUUGCUGAGACCUCAGUUACAAUAGAUGACAUUGUUCACGUGGUGGAUGCAGGAACUCACAAAGAACAGAAUUAUGACCCAAGGACUAAGGUGUCCUGUCUGGAUACAGUUUGGAUUUCCCGUUCAAAUGUUACACAAAGAAAAGGGAGAGCAGGCCGGUGUCAGCCGGGACAGUCCUACCACCUUUUCUCAAGAAAACAGCUGGAAUCCAUGCCUCCCUUUCCCAUCCCUGAGAUCCUGCGCAUCCCACUUGAGAGUUUAGUAGUGCAGGCUAAAAUCCACAGUCCAAACUCAAAGGCUGUAGAUUUCUUAUCCCAAGUAUUGGACAGCCCAGAGCCAGAGUCUGUGAGAGACGCUGUCCGUAAUCUACAAGAUAUAGGAGUCCUGGACAGGACCGAAACACUGACUCCAUUAGGGGAUCGUGUCGCCUGCAUGUCAUGUGACCCACGGCUGGGCAAAAUAUUAGUCCUGAGUAGCAUGUUUAGAUGUGUUAUGCCUAUGUUGUCUGUAGCUGCCUGUCUCAGUAGAGACCCUUUCCACAACAGCUUGCAGAACAGAGCACUAGUCAACAAGGCCAAAGAGGCUCUGAGUGGCUCAAGCUACAGUGACUAUCUGGUGGUCAGUAGAGCUGUUCUGGGCUGGAGGAAAGUUCAGCAGGACGGCAACCGAGAGGACAGGGAUGACUUUCUGGAGAGACACACCCUGUCCAAGGCCAGCCUUCGUUUUAUAAACGGUCUUAUAUCUCAGUUCAGUGAUAAUCUGCAUGACGCCGGGCUGGUUUCUCAUCCCAGUGACUGCCAGCGUUACACCUCUCUCUACAAUGAGCACAGCAACCAGGAUGAGCUGCUUAAAGCUGUGCUGCUGGCUGGGCUGUAUCCCAACCUCAUUCAGGUGAAGAAAGGUGUUGUGACUAAAGGACGCUUUCGUCCCAACAGCAUUUCUUUGCGAACACUCAGUGGGCCAGUGCUGCUUCACCGCUCCUCAGUGAACCGUGGGAAAGAAGACCUCCCUAGUCGGUGGUUGACAUUCUUCAGUGCCAUCAAGUCCAACGGGAAUGUUUUCAUCAGAGACUCUUCUACAGUCCAUCCACUCGCUCUGUUGCUGCUUACAGACUGCGAUAUCACAGAGAUGGUGCAUGGCGACAAAAUAGAAGUAUCAUUUUCUGGACGAUCUCUGGUGCGCUGUGAGCUGCAGGUUGAGACGUGGGAGCUGCUCUGGGAGCUACGCACUUCCAUUCAGACCAUGCUGCACCGAAACCUCAACAGCCCCAGUAACACAAACGCUUCUCAAGAUGGAAAGCUCAUCUCUUUACUAGUACAGCUGCUGAACAAUACAGAUUCAAACCCUCUUGUUCACAGCAGUGACAGUGAGGUGGAUUGAUAAGACUGAGGGUCUUCUACAUGUCUGCUGGCUCAGAUUAAGUGGCUGAUGAUUUGCUGUUUUGACAUCACUUUUUUUCUCUCUUUUUUUUUUUUUUUUUUUCCCUAUUUUAGUGCUGGAUUCCAUUGUGAAAGCACAGAAUUUAUCAGGAACUCUUUAAAGA